AAAACCAAUCAGAAACAAGGUCUCAUUGGAGCAAUUAGAACGUGUAUCAGCCGGGUGAAUACAGUACGAACGUCUUGCACAUUCUCUUAGCUUUUCUGUGUGCUACUUUCCAUUUCACCUUGACUCCAAUAUAUUGAAACGCUUGACUGCCUACUAUACGAGGCGACCUGGAGCCAGCAGUCUGCCAGAGGUUAAGGACCGACUCCCUCCCCCUCCUUCUACUGCCGGACAGUGCAAGCCCGAUUUGCCCCCUGGUUGAUCAGCAUGACAAAGCACUGGGGGGGUCAGUGCCUGCGGACACCACCCGCUCUCUCCUACCUGCGCUCUCCCAACCUGGGAAGCCACCAAGACCAUCAACUUGACUUCCAGGGCUACCCUCAGAGCAACACAGCGCGGAGAUCUCCAGUCCAACACUGGCUUUACUACUCGACUCAAGUACCAGUCCAACAGCCUCGGCGGCUGGAAAAGCCUGCACCAUCCCAGCUCAGCAGGGCCACAGCGCCCAUGGAUAAAGCGAUGCCUCCCGACCACCACGGACCGCCCGGGUCAUCCUACCCUCCACCGCCCCGGUUGAACAAAGAUGGUGUGAUCAAGGAUGAAUCUUGGGACCAGGAGAAAAAUACCAAUGGUGGAAGGAAAAAAAACUAUCAGCGCUACCCUAAACCACCGUACUCUUACCUCGCAAUGAUCGCCAUGGUCAUCCAAAACUCUCCAGAGAAGAAACUUACGUUGUCUGAGAUCCUGAAGGAGAUCAGUACACUUUUCCCUUUUUUUAAGGGGAACUACAAAGGCUGGCGGGACUCUGUGAGACACAACCUCUCAUCCUAUGACUGCUUUGUUAAGGUUCUGAAGGACCCUGGGAAGCCGCAGGGGAAAGGGAACUUCUGGGCGGUGGAGGUGAGUCGUGUGCCCCUGGAGCUCCUCAAGAGGCAGAACACUGCCGUAUCGCGCCAGGAUGAGACCAUCUUUGCCCAGGACCUCGCCCCUUACAUCCUGCACGGGCACCAUCAUAGGCCUGAGGCAGAGCCCCCAGUCGCUCCCCCGGCCGCGCCCCCGCCUGUUGCUAAUCAACCCCGAGGCCCCCCCCUACCCCGCAUUCCCACCAGACAACUCCCCCACCCCCAGGAGGACCUCUACCGGCCCAAGCUGGACUCCUCCUUCGCCAUCGACUCCCUCCUGCACAGCUUGAGACCGGCCAGCGCUUCAGGGGAGGCCGACGGGGGCAGGGACUGCUGGGGGGCGGAGCCCCACGUACGCCCCUCGCCUCCUCCGCGCCCCCGCUACACCUCCUCCGCCCGCAGUGCCUCGGCCAGCUCCGUCAGCCCCGCCUCCUCCUCGUCGGACGAGGACUGGAGGGGCGUGUCCCAUGGCGGCAAGCCUGAGGGCGAGGCUGGAUCGGACGGGUAUGACGACUGCCGGCCCCCUGCACACAAGGCUGCCCGCCGAGGCCCCGCCCCUCCCUGGGAGCUGCCCACCUCGUACGCCAAGUACACACCGCCCAACGCCGUGGCUCCGCCCAGCAUGCGUUUCAACGGAGGCCCCCUGAUGCCACUGGGCAUGCCUCUGUAUGGCUACGGGGGGGCCCCAGUGACCACCGGCCAUUUUGUAGGCCACGCCUACUGGCCCCUCUUGUCCAGCGGGCGUCCUCCCCUCAUCAUGGACCUGGACAGUAUGCUUCAGUCGGUGCCGCCCAAUAAGAGUGUGUUUGACGCUCUCGGUCCGGCUGGUCAGUCUUCCCACCAGCCUGCCGCUGCUCAGUAUAGCCUGCAGGGAGGAGCCCCUCUCAGCCGGUAUCCCCACUAUUGACUGUGACACUACAAACCAGCACCAAAAGUAUUUUAAGUGCAAUGCAGGGACAAGUAUCUCAUGGAAGCCAGUGUUGUCCACUAUAGAAACCUGUCAUCUUGGAUUGACAGGGGACCGUAGUACAUGUUUACAGAAGACCAAAUUGUAAACUUAAAAAAUGACCAACAAAUUAAAUCUACCUCAGAUAUACAACCACUAAUAUCUACCUCAGAUAUACGACCGCUAAUAUCUACCUGUUUAAUGUAAUCAGUUAGAGGGAUUCUGCACUGCCCGUGUUUGCACUAUUGUAUUGUUAAUGUGAUUUGUAUUUUCUUUUAAGAAAUCUCAUUUAAGUGUUUCCUACCUUGACCAUUAAAUGUUGUUUUUUUUUCCUCCAGUGGAACAUUUUGCAAAGGGAAA